GAAUAGGCAUUGUUGACAAAAUAACCCGUACGUGCAGUCUCUGCAUAAAAUCUUGGGCUGUGACCUGGUUGAUCAGGUUGAGAGGAGAGAAAUAUAUGUUGCGGGAGGCAGCGAGCACGGCCAAGGCAAUCAUCGGAUCAUGGAAGUAGCUGGGGGAUCUAAGACAGAGAGUGAGACCAAACAUGCCGAGAACGAGCACUUACUAAAGGCAAAGGCUAAGGAGGCCUCGGCAGAACUAUCUCCUACGACUGGGAAGAAGAAGCAGAACAAAAAAGUGACCUACGCUGGCUCGACAGGUAGCAACGAGGAUUUAGAUUUUGUGCACUCCUGCCCCACGCUUGAGGAACGCAAAGAAAUGGCCAAGGCAUUCAGGAAACGAACACAAUCCGAGUGUUCGACAAUGUCGACUGUCAGUAUUGACAGUAAAGGGAUGAGGAAGCGAAAAGGUAGUUUAAGCAGGAGACUGCGCCGUGCUUUCAGCCUCUCGGAGGAUCCUGAGAUGACCCCGGCCUAUUCUAGCUUCAUCCCUAUGUAACUGACCAGUAUCAUGCGUCAUGACACACUUGUUUACGAGACUAUACUUGCAGCAGCGGGCACCGGAUAUAAACGAAAGGCGCUUGCGCAAAAAUCCCCUGAUUGGACAGAAAGAGUGCACGUGUCAGCGAAAACUUGAGGCGCAACACUUUUGGAACUGUUAUUAAAUGAAGUGCUUUGUUUAUAAUGCAAGUUGGUACCUUGAAACUGAAGAGAUGUGGCGAUUAUCUCUUGACGCUACUUUUAACAAGAAUGGGAGAUAAGCAAAGAUUACUGUGCUGAUUGUUUUAUCUCUAAAGUUAAUGGGGACCGUUCCAGGAAGAUGGCCAAAUAACAAUGUUGCUUUUGAGAAUAUUUUGGAGUCAUUCAAACUGUGUCGUGUGCAACCAGUGCAAAACGCCUAACAGCCAGUGUUUCACAGUGCCAUAAAAUAUAAAACUCAAGCUUUGCAUUCCCUUUUCCCGAAGACAGAAGGCAAUGGUUUUCACAUAUUUCGUGACCGUCAAAACCAGGCUUGACA